CAUCUUCCCCAACACCAUCGCCAACUUGCAUCCAAGCAACCCGUCGUCAAUCGCACCCCCUUCCCCUCCCCACACAUACACACUUUUUGUCUCUCGUAUACACACCAUGCAGUCCACGGCGGCCGAGUUGCUUCUUCGCUCAAGCCGAGUCGCAGCAACGGCAGUUUCAGCGUCCCCACGCUCAGUCCGCAGCAGCUCCAUCACGCCCCGCUCCAGCGCCCGGGUCGGUCCGGCUGCCGUAGCGCGCGCCUUCACUAGCACCCCCUGUAGCCAUCCGCGUCUGUCGUUAAGCCCGUCCGCCGCUCUGGCUGCCCGUCUCCCGUCUCCACAAUUGCGCGCGCAAUCGUACAGCUCGAGUAGCUCACCAGCACCAGCUCAAGCGCCGCCAUCGAGUGCUGAAGCAAACAACAAAGUCACUACUACUACUACUGCUACUGCUGCUGCUACCAAUGGCAAUGCGCUUGCAACCGUGGAUGCUGCCACAAACGCAGAUGAACAGGCGACCAAAAACCCAAAGGACGCCUCGACUCAAGCCGAUGCUCCGACCACCAAGAAGCCAAAUUUCUUCAAGCGGUUCCAGAUUGGGUUGCUUGAUCUCACUCGCAAGACACCAGCGUUGCCUCCAAGUGCUUCUAUGCUCAAGCCAUUCGAAGCAAGCACCACACUGAGCCACAGCAAGUACGCGGUCAAAUUCCCAUCUCGCGUGUUGACAGCGAUCAACGGCCAAACGGUUGAUUUAUCGGAAGCCUUCACGCGGGGUAUUUCGAUUGUGUCUGUGGCAUUUGAUCAAUUCGGCGCGCUCCGCAACGCGUCAUUUACGCACGAAUUUCGAAGCCAAUACGGAUCCAAUCCAUACGUGAACGAUUUUGAAAUCUUGAUGAACCGCAUGCCGAUGAUGCGAGUGUUGCAACCCAUGUUCAACCGAAAUUUGUUGGCAGCCAUUCCACAGCAGCGUCAUGGCUCAGUGUUCAAUUUGCCAGCGGUUGACGAAGAAUUGGCAGCAGAGCUCGGCAUUCGCUUCUACACUGGCAAUUUCAUCUACCUCGUGGAUGAGCAGGGACUCAUUCGAUGGCAGGCCGUCGGGAAAGCCCUUCCUCGCGAGGUGACUGCAAUGAUCCACUGCGCCAACACACUAUUAUCCACUCGAGGACAGCACCAUUCUGUCACUCGCACCAACGGCACUCGAAUGCUAUCGACACCUUCCGAUGUGGUAGCAGCUGUGAGCGCACAACUUCCUCCCUUGCCAUCUGCCCCCUCGUCGCGCAGUCUGUAGAAAUGUCUUGAUUGUUUUCUGUUUCCCCGCCAUUUUUUGCAUUUAGUCGGAAAUGUUGAAAAUGCAAGCCAUUCCCAAAACCGCGAUUUUUUUGUAUUUCGUUUGAGACAUUUGAAC